GUAACUCGGAUUCUGAUUGGGAGAAAGGUCACUCUUGCUUGCUGAAUGGCUAGAGGGGAGAGGGGUGGUCUUCCCCCUUCCGGUGGGCGCUGACCUUGUCGGGAGCGGAGCGGCCGUUCAUCCGCAGCCAUGGUGGCGUACUGGCGGCAGGCCGGGCUCAGCUACAUCCGGUACUCCCAGAUCUGCGCUCAGGUUGUCAGAGCGGCGAUGAAGCCUCAGUACAAAGCUGAGGCGGAGAGGGCGGCAACGGCGACUGUGAAGACUGUGAAGGCCAAGAAGGAGUAGCGGGGAGGGGAGGUGCAGCAGCCGGCGGCAGCGGGAACUGCUCUGAGAACACUGAACAGCAAACUGCAAGCUGUAGGCAAGCUCAAGACUCUGCAGUAUAACAUCGUCACAGUAACUGUAAAAUUUGUCCAUGUACAUAAAUCAGCAUGCUAAUAAAUUUCAUUGCUGAUUAAACAAA